AUGGCUCGGAAAGCGGGAGAGGAAGCUGCAGCGCUGUUGGCUGCACGGGAAUAUGCGUUGUCCGGCGCUUCCCUUCUCUCCAUGGCUGGAGGAGGAUGGGAAGUGCGAGAACAGGAUGCCAGUCCUGACUCCUUGCAAGCUUCACCAGGGCUACAACGAGCAGACAGAGCUGAGAUAUCUCCGUUGAAAGGAUCUCUUUUCGAGGUGCAAACCAGUCCCAUCAGCAAGAUUUCGUCAUCAGCAUUCCCAUCCCUAGUUGUGAAAUCGUCCCAUGAAUCGGAUUCCAGACCAGCUCGCAGCCAUGAACUUGGUGAAAGACUUAUCCAUGGUCGCUCACACGAAGAGAUGCUGAGAUAUCUCGACAAGAAUAUUGAGCGGGGCUCCAGUGCAGCCAGUGGAAGCUGCACGCCGCUUUACUCAGUGUCUGACAUCGAUGUAACUGACCAGAAGAUAUCGGAGACCAUGGAAGCUGCAGAAAAGCGGUGGGUUGAAUUCCUGUGCACACCUCGCCCUAGAGUGACGUUUGAAUCAUUUCAUGCAGUACAUGAAAGUCAGAAUUGCGCGCACAAGAAGAAUUUUGAUUUCGUGGAGAGACCAAAAGAACCAAAAUCGGAUUGCCUUGUAUGCAUUAAGAAGCUGGAAAGCAAAUAUAUUAAGGGUUCACAAAUUUCGGUCGAUAUCAUUGAGAUCGGCAAGCAGGCAGAACCAAUCAUUGCAAAAAGUGACAAAUCUGUCUCAGGCAUUGCGAUCUUGUUGGAGUCAUUGGAAGGGAAUGCGAUCUACAAAGUCAUGGAGAAGAAAUGCGUUAUAUGCUUGGUGGAUGAGGUGGAGUCAAUCAAGAUCAACGGAUUCGAAUGA